UGUUAAAAAAUGAAUCCUUGUUUGCAAACGGAAAUACUUAAGGAACAAGUGCAACUAGAAAAUAGAGCACGACGUAAUUAUCCAAAAAAGUGGGGCGAACUGAAUGCAACUAAGUUCUAUAAAGUUUGUAAUCAGAAUGAGAUGAAUAAUGAAAUAAAAAAUACUAUUAAAGGUAAUUAUUGGAAACAUUAUAAAACAAUUGGGAUCUAAUACCACUAUUUCUUCUUAUUGAACUCAGUUCAAUGUCCUUACGAGUACAAAGGCGAGGGUGAUUCAUAUUUCGUAUCUAAGGAUAUGUACAAUUCAUUGAUUGCUAAAUGCCGUUGUGGACGUCCUCGUACUGGGGUACACGUUGUUAAAUGUUUACAAAAAGCUAUAAAUGGGCAACAAAAUUUAGAUGAUAACAAACAGCAAAAUACUGAGACAAAAACCGGAGCUAUUGAUGGCAGUAAUUUGAAAGUACCGCCUACUUCAAAUGCUGCCAUAGGUUGGUCAAAUGGUCAAGAAAUGCGUUAUAAAAAAUGGGAACAAUCAAUGAAAUAUAUAUCACCUGUUUUUACUAUGGAAGGUCCACGAAUUACUGCUACUCCUUAUAAUGUUCUUAUAAUUGGUUAAGAUUCUAAUCCAAAC